AUGAUCAGGAAGCAGCUAUAUGAAGAUAUAGAUAGAUUGAGAUACCAGGAUCAACAUUUUCAAAGAAUAAACAGAUUGACAUGAAAUCCGGCAUUUAUAUAUUUUAGAAUAGCAAUUAUACCACUUUGAUGCUCCCAAAGACUUAAUUUACUAAUAGUACUCAAGCUCUUUAAAAUUAUCUCUGACAGGUAUAAAUUAUGCUGCUACAUUACAAUAAAAUAUAAAGAAAAAUAG